AUGACACCUGCCGCCCGUGUACUGAGUGUCGGAGGACGCAGAACAGAUUACCGAUUCCUAUCAACUACGGGGACUAAGAGCGCAACCCCCCAACCCCGCCAGACCCAGCCAGACCUCAGCCAGACCCAUCCAACCCCCGCUAAGUCCCAUCAACCUCCGCCACGACCCGCCCAACCUCACCAAACCUCACCGACCUCCACCAAGCCCCGCCAAGCUCCACCAACCCUCGCCAAGCCACGAAAACCCCCACUAACCUCCACCAAGACUCCGGAAACCCCACCAAAACCAGCCAAACCCCACCAAACCUCACCAAACUCCGCCAAACCCCACCAAACGCUGCCAAACCCCACCAAAAACCCCGCCAAACCCCUCCAAGACCCCGCCAAGCAUAACCAGAAGUCAGGAUUGAUACGCUGUGUACAGAAGGACUGGCUGGUGCUGAGUUUUGCUGCUGAUGACUUCAUUCCCCGCCCUGCCCCAGCCCCAGCCCCCAGCCCCAGCCCCAGCCCCCAGUAUAGCGGCGCCCCUCCUGGCCUGGUGUUCGCCAUAAAACCCGCGUCUCCAGCCCACACCUGA